AUGCUCCUGCGUUUGGGAGGGUCCAGGGGGAAGAUGGGCAUCCUGCUCAUCAGGAGAGUGGGUUUGUUUUGUCGUUCUGCCCACUUGUCUUCCCAAAACCUGGAAUAUCGACCAAUCAAAAAGGUCAUGGUUGCAAACAGAGGUGAAAUAGCCAUCCGGGUGUUUCGUGCAUGCACAGAGCUUGGGAUCCGCACAGUGGCUGUAUAUUCAGAGCAGGACACGGGGCAGAUGCACAGACAGAAGGCAGAUGAGGCUUACCUCAUUGGCAGAGGCCUGUCCCCCGUUGCAGCCUAUCUCCAUAUCCCCGACAUAAUCAAAGUGGCUAAGGAAAAUAAUGUGGAUGCAAUCCACCCUGGUUAUGGCUUUUUAUCAGAGCGUGCAGACUUUGCCCAAGCCUGUGCUGAUGCCAGGGUAAGAUUCAUUGGUCCUUCCCCAGAGGUUGUGCGCAAGAUGGGGGAUAAAGUGGAAGCCCGUGCCCUGGCCAUAAAAGCAGGUGUUCCAGUUGUUCCCGGAACAGACGCACCCAUCUCAUCUCUUAAAGAGGCUGAGGAGUUUGCCAAAACAUACAGCUUUCCCAUCAUCUUUAAAGCUGCAUAUGGAGGAGGAGGCCGUGGGAUGAGGGUGGUUCGAGAUUAUGAGGAAUUAGAGGAGAACUAUCAGCGAGCAUAUUCAGAGGCUCUGGCUGCAUUUGGUAAUGGUUCUCUGUUUGUUGAGAAGUUCAUCGAGAAACCACGACACAUUGAAGUACAAAUUCUUGGUGAUAAAUAUGGAAACGUGAUUCAUCUGUAUGAGAGGGAUUGCUCUAUCCAGAGAAGACAUCAGAAAGUGGUAGAGAUCGCUCCUGCUGCCCAGCUCGACCCUCACCUCAGAGACAGACUGACCUCAGACUCAGUCAACCUGGCCAAACAGGUGGGCUAUGAGAACGCAGGCACAGUGGAGUUCCUAGUGGACAAACAUGGAAAACACUACUUCAUCGAGGUGAACUCCCGUCUACAGGUGGAACAUACGGUUACCGAGGAAAUCACUGAUGUGGAUUUGGUUCACGCACAGCUGCGUGUGUGUGAGGGCCGCAGUCUUCCUGAGCUGGGUCUCGAGCAGGACAAGAUCCAGAUCAAUGGCUGUGCCAUUCAGUGCCGGGUCACUACAGAAGACCCCUCCCGUGGUUUUCAACCAGACACAGGUCGCAUAGAGGUGUUUCGUAGUGGAGAGGGUAUGGGCAUUCGUCUGGAUAGUGCGUCUGCGUUUCAGGGGGCCAUCAUCUCCCCUCACUAUGACUCACUGCUGGUUAAAGUCAUAGCCAGUGGCAAAGACCUCCCCACUGCUGCAACCAAAAUGCACAGAGCGCUCACCGAGUUCAGAGUUCGUGGUGUUAAGACUAAUAUCCCCUUCCUGCAGAAUGUAUUGAGCAAUAGCCAGUUCCUGUACGCCACAGUUGACACCCAGUUUAUUGAUGAGAACCAAGAACUUUUCAACCUCAAACCUACACAGAACAGAGCCCAGAAACUCCUGCACUAUCUGGGUCACAUAAUGGUAAAUGGACCCAUGACUCCUAUUCCAGUGAAAGCCAAAUCCUCAUCUGUUGAUCCAGUUGUUCCUUCUGUUUCUCUGGGUGAGCCGCCCAUGGGCUUCCGUGAGGUCCUGUUGAAGGAGGGUCCUGAGGGUUUUGCACGGGCAAUUCGACAGCACCAGGGUCUUCUACUGAUGGACACUACCUUCAGAGAUGCCCACCAGUCCCUGCUGGCUACUCGUGUCAGGACACACGACCUCAAGAAGAUUGCUCCAUUCGUGAGCCACAACUUCAAUAAUCUCUUCAGCCUGGAGAACUGGGGAGGAGCUACAUUUGAUGUAGCAAUGCGUUUUCUGUGGGAAUGUCCGUGGAAGAGACUUCAGGAGCUCCGAGCUCUGAUUCCCAAUGUCCCAUUUCAGAUGCUGCUACGUGGAGCCAAUGCUGUGGGAUACACAAACUACCCUGAUAAUGCAGUUUUCAAAUUCUGCGAGGUAGCCAAAGAGAACGGAAUGGAUAUCUUUCGUGUUUUUGACUCCUUGAAUUAUAUUCCCAACAUGCUUUUGGGGAUAGAAGCAGCAGGGGCGGCUGGAGGCGUGGUGGAGGCGGCUAUUUCUUACACGGGAGACGUGUCUGACCCCAUGAGACAGAAAUACUCACUGGAGUACUAUCUGAAGCUGGCCAAUGAGCUAGUUAAGGCUGGAACACACAUACUGGCUAUUAAGGACAUGGCUGGCCUGCUGAAGCCCGAAGCCAGCCGUUUACUGAUUGGAGCACUGCGUGACCGUUUCCCUGAUGUCCCUAUCCAUGUUCACACUCACGAUACUGCAGGUGCGGGAGUCGCGGCAAUGUUAGCCUGUGCACAAGCAGGUGCAGAUAUAGUGGAUGUAGCAGUGGACUCCAUGGCAGGCAUGACCUCUCAACCAAGCAUGGGUGCCAUCGUAGCCUGCACCAAAGGAACCAAACUUGAUACUGGUGUUUCUCUGGAUAGAGUCUUUGACUACAGCGAGUACUGGGAAGUGGCUCGUGGUCUGUACGCUCCCUUCGACUGCACCGCCACAAUGAAGUCUGGUAAUGCAGAUGUUUAUGAAAAUGAGAUCCCAGGGGGCCAGUACACCAACCUACACUUCCAGGCCCACAGCAUGGGCCUCGGUAACAAGUUCAAAGAGGUGAAGAAAGCCUACGCCGAAGCCAACAAGCUGCUGGGCGACCUUAUCAAAGUGACCCCCUCCUCUAAGAUUGUGGGUGAUCUGGCUCAGUUUAUGGUGCAGAACUCUCUCUCCCGGGCUGAGGUAGAAGAGAGAGCAGACGAGCUCUCUUUCCCUCUGUCUGUUGUGGAGUUCUUGCAAGGACACAUUGGAAUACCACACGGAGGAUUCCCUGAGCCCUUCAGGUCAAAGGUUCUCAAGUCAUUGCCUCGAAUCGAAGGUCGUCCAGGGGCUUCACUUCCACCAAUGGACUUCGAGACUCUAGAGUCUGAUCUGCAGAUGACACAUGGUGAUGAAAUAACUCCUGAAGAUGUGAUGUCGGCAGCCAUGUACCCUAAAGUCUUCCAGGAGUUUAAAGAGUUCACAUCAAAGUUUGGCCCAGUGGACUGCCUUAACACUCGCCUGUUUCUGGAUGGCCCCAAAAUAGCAGAGGAGUUUCAGGUGGAGUUGGAGAGAGGGAAAACAUUGCACAUCAAAGCCUUGGCCUUGGGUGACUUGAACAAGUCUGGUCAGAGGGAGGUGUUUUUUGAACUCAACGGCCAGCUGCGUUCAGUCUUGGUCAAGGAUACAGCAGCAAUGAAGGAAAUGCACUUUCACCCUAAAGCCUUGAAAGACGUGCGGGGACAGGUUGGAGCUCCCAUGCCCGGUAAAGUGGUGGAAGUAAAGGUGAAGCCAGGUCAGAAGGUGGAGAAAGGUCAGCCUCUCUGCGUCCUCAGUGCCAUGAAGAUGGAGACAGUUGUCAACUCGCCAAUCUCAGGCAUCAUAUCCAAGGUGCACGUCAAUGCCGACAGCAGCCUGGAAGGAGAUGACCUCAUCCUGGAAAUAACCGAAUAAAGUUUAAAAGCUACAGAGGUUAAAGGUUUCUUUUCUAAAAAAAAAAACAAUUUUAGAAGUGAUCUUGUAAUUUGGUGGACUGAUGGUGUUGUAAUUACUGAUGAUUUUAAGAUUACAAACAUGAUGUUCAUAACUCUUCAGAGCCUUCAGAAUAAGAAUAAUUUAUAAUUGUUUUUUAAAUUUUUUUAUUUUGUUUGGUCUGUUAUUUAAUUCAAAAUAGAAGCAUAUAGGGGAUGCAUUUAUAGCCUGUAACCAGAAACUCCAGAAGCCUUUGUGAUUCACUCUUUGGUAUUCAGUUCGAACUCUGAGGACAGUGAAUCCAGUGAAUCUACUUGCAGUCUCAAGGAAGGGAGGACAAAUUAUACCUACAUUACAGACUGAUCAUUCCAGUUUUUUUUAAGUUGAAUAAAUAAUAUACUAAAAUGAAAUAGGUUCAUUAUGAAUCCAGAUGACAACAGAAUUUGUAUGCGUGUGUGUACUGUAUGUGUGUGUGAGAGAGAAACACUGCAAGUUGUAAGUUUGAAGAGGAACAGCAGUUUCAUAUUAAUAUCAUGUUAGUGGAGCGUAAAAUCAAUUUUAAAAUGUCUGAAAUAUUAAUACCAGCGGAUAUUCUAGUAGAUGCACAUUAAGCACAGUGUCGUCAUUAUAACGUCAUUCUGCACAUCUUUCCAAAGCAAUAAAGUUGAGUAAUCAUGAACUCAUAUAUAGUCAGAUGUAUAAAAGCAAUCAACAAUAAUCAAAACCAGCCAUUACUCUGCACUAGUUCAUUAUAAGGAAUGUGAGUGUAGCUAAUGUACUGUGGCAAAUGUGUGUAAUGUUUUUGAAAGUUUCCA